AUGGCUACGAUUCUACGAUAUAGGGAGACAGUGUGCCUCAGGGCAGCACGUAUACCUCUGCCAGCAAAAUCAUCACCUGAGAUAAAAACAAGUUACCAGUUUCCCCGACGGUCGUACACUACAGGCCCUGGGGCAGAGAGUGCGAAGGAUAGAAGUCGUCCAUUAUAUCAAAGACUCUCCGCCGCUUGGAGGGAUACACCAACGAAAUGGUACCCGCUUCCCCUAGCCGUCGGUGCGCUGCUUCUGGUAGCCGUUGACUAUCGCAAAAACCACCUAGGGAAGGAAGUCCAUGUCGAUGAGCAUGGGAAUGAGAUUGUCAAGCUUAAAGGGCCUUGGCAGGUCCAUGUCAUCGGUGCCCUCCCGCUGAAGAAUCUCUCUCGCUUGUGGGGAUACCUCAACUCGCUAGAGCUCCCCGUAUGGUUCCGUCCCUUCGGCUUUCGCCUCUACGCUUGGGUCUUCGGUUGCAACCUGAAUGAGAUCGACCCUGACGACCUUACGCAGUAUGCCUCUCUCGGCGAGUUUUUCUAUCGCAAGCUCAAGCCUGGUGCGCGACCCGUAGCGAAUGCUCCACUUGUGAGCCCCGCGGACGGACGCGUUUUGCAUUUCGGCACGAUACAAGGCUCGCGCGUUGAGCAAGUGAAGGGCCUCACUUACUCCCUGGACGCCCUGCUCGGCGUCGAGUCCUUAUCAACCCCGCCACCGUCGCCCAUCGAAGCGCCGCAGCGCGACAUGGCCGUUGUGCACGAUGAGGAAUUUGCCAAUGUCAACGGAAUCGAGUACAGCCUCGGUCACCUGCUCGGUUCAUCGUCUUCUUCUCCCCGUGAUGCGGGGAAGGACGGGGCGAGCCAUCAGAAUCAGCCCCCGCCCCCGCACAAGCACGGUGAGCAGAUUGACGCGUCAGUAGAGUCUGAGCAAUCGCUCGGCGACACGAUCCAGCACGACACGUCUGUCGCAGCUGAGAUGGGGGUGCGCCCCUCUCUGCAGCGCCGGGGCAGCAUCUCGGGCGCGUCUGUGAAGCCUGGCAACGGCCUGUUCUUCGCUGUCAUCUAUCUUGCGCCCGGGGACUACCACCGCUUCCACUCGCCCACGGCGUGGGUCGUCGAGAAGCGGAGACAUUUUGUCGGGGAGUUGUACAGCGUGUCGCCGUAUAUGGCGAAGCGGCUGGAGAAUCUGUUUGUGCUGAAUGAGCGGGUGGCGCUGCUCGGGCGGUGGAGGUAUGGGUUCUUCAGUAUGGUCCCCGUAGGCGCAACGAAUGUCGGGAGCAUCAAAAUCAACUUCGAUACGGCCCUGCGCACGAAUGUCCGCACGCGCAUUCGCCCGCCUCCAGGCACGUACACCGAGGCUGUCUACUCGGCUGCCUCUCCGAUACUGAACGGGCAGCCGCUGCGGCCUGCGGAGGAGAUGGGCGGGUUUUGCCUCGGGAGCACGAUUGUGCUCGUGUUCGAGGCGCCCAAGACGUUUCGGUUUACGGUUGCCGAGGGGGAGAAGGUGAAGGUGGGGCAGAAGAUGGGAGAGAUUGUCGACGUGUAG